UCCGCCACCCGCGGACGCCGGCACAGGCGCGCGUGUGAUCUGAGGCGCUGGCCCGGGCGGCGGUCGUGCCGGUGACGCGCAGGGGUAGCGGGAGGCCCGCCGACAGUCACCGCCCCGCAUGGAUCGCUGCUGCGCCGCGUGCAGGCCACAACCGGAGCAGUAGAGGAUGCGGGACAGACGGCCGGACGGGCCCGAGGCCUGGGAGCUCGGCGCCAUGCGCAGGAAGUACUCCGCCGCCCCCAGCCAGAGCGGCUCGAGCCGCAACCUGCGUCCCACCUCGGACGAGCUGCACGCGUGGUCCAUCUACCGGCAGAAUCUGAACUCCGAGUUCACCGACUCAGCGCUGGGUAGCAGCGACAAGUCGCCGCUGCCGUACGGCAACUUUCAGCUGCGCGAGACAACCGUGCACUCGAUCCUGCAGCACCCAAAGUACGGCCCCAAGUCGGAGCUGGGCACCAACAUGUACACGUACCUCAAGUACGGCCUGCCGCGCGUCUUCCCGCCCACGCGGCCCGACGGCAGCUCGGGCUACGACUCGAGCGAGGAUGGCGCGGCCGGCGCGCGGGACCGCUACCGCCGCGCCAAGUCUAACCCGGACCUGCGCGGCGCCGGCGCGCCGCCGGCCGCGCGCGCCUUCGGGGAUUCGGUGUUCCGCGGCCGGCGCAACCGUUCGAGCAGCGAGGCGAACCUGCUGUCGGCCGAGGCGGUGUACGCGCGCGGCGUGCGCUCGCCGGACGUGCAAUCGGAGCUGGCCGGCCAGAGCGUCCGCGCCGGCUCCCACGCCUCGCUCGGCUCGCGGCUGUCGCGCGGCCCCGGCGCGCUCGGCAAUGCCGGCUUCUCGCGCCGCCACGACGGCGCCGGCUACGGCAAGGAGCCGCCCAUGCUUAACGACAAGCUGUUCCCAAAGGACCAGGCGAUGGACACGAAGCACCCGCACCUGCAGGUGCGCGACCUGCACUGCGAGCGGCGCGUGGACGGCGCCUGGCGCCGGCUGGUGGAGGGCGCCACGUUCGAGGCGCGCGGUGGUGACCUGGUGGGCGUAAUGACGACGGCAGAGCGCGAAGGCACGGCGAUCCUGGACGCGCUGGCCGACUGCGGCAGCCGCUGGAGUAUGAGGGUCAGCGGUGACCUGGUUGUGAACGGAUGUCAGGUGGAGCCUGCGCGGCUGGCUCGCCGCGUCGCCUAUGUGCAGCAGGAGUGCAACUUCAGCCCCAACAUGUCCGUCCGCCAGACCAUGCUCUUCCAUGCCUUCCUGCAGGAGCCCGGCCACGUGGCCAGGGGCUUCAACGUCAAACAGAAGAUCAACGCGCUGAUCGAGGACCUGGGCCUGGGCCAGGUGAAGCACACCAGCGUCAAGGACCUGACCGUGUCGGAGAAACGGCGCCUCAACGUGGCCUGCCACCUCUGUCUUGACACGGACAUCGUGUUGCUCGACCAGCCGACGCGCGAGAUGGACAUCUUCGACACGUUUUUCCUGGUGGAGUACCUGCGCCAGUGGUCGGCGCGCGGCCGUAUCGUGCUGCUGACGCUGCAGCCGCCCACCUACGAAAUAUUCACCAUGCUGACCAAGGUGAUGCUGAUCUCGGGCCGGCGCGUCAUCUACAGCGGCAAGCGACGCGAGAUGCUGCCCUACUUCGCCUUCAUCGACUAUCCGUGCCCGGCUUACAAGAAUCCAUCCGACUACUAUUUGGACCUGGUGACCCUGGACGACCUGUCGCCUGAGGCGACGCUCGAGUCUUCCCAGCGAGUGACGGAGCUGGCCAAGACGUUCCAGCGGCGCCAGGAGCCGCUGCCAGACCCUGGCCCGCCCGGCCUGCUCCCGCCAAAAAUACGGCGCGCCAACUGCUGUGUGCAGAUCCUCGCCCUCUGGAUCCGGGCGAUGGUCUACACGUUCCCGUACAAUCUGAUCAGCUGGGCCACCUCCAUGACUCUCGCCUGCCUCAUGUCCGUCAUCGUAGGCGCCACGUUCUACGAUCUCCGCGGUGACAACAAAGACCAGGAGAACAUCCCAGACCGCCUGGGCUUCCACUACACGAUGAUGUCGCUGGCCCUGUGGCCGCUGCUGCUGCUCAGCAUCAGCGAAGUGUGGCAGGAGAAGGACGCCGUCAGCAGGGACGUUGGCGACCGGCUCUACUCCCGGCUCUGUCUCAUCGUCAGCAAGCUGUUCUACAGCCUGCCUGGCUCGGCGCUCCAGUGCCUGCUGCUCAUCGUGCCGGCUUACAAAAUGGCCGGCACGCACCCAAACGACACAGACACCUCGUUCUAUCUCUACAUGGGCUACAUGCUGGCGUACCUGCUGUGCACGCGGCUGCUGGCGGUGGCGGCCGGCUACGUCAGCUCGUCACGCCACCUGUCGGCCGGCUGGCUGACGGCGGCGCUGCUGCCGCUGCUGCUGGCCGCCGGCUGGGCGGCCCACCCUCAGGACCUCUCCAUCUGGACGCACUGGCUGCGCUGGCUCUCGGCGCCCGCCUGGAUCUACCAGCGGCUCGUCUGGGACGAGCUGGCGCCGGUGCGCAGUUUCCGCUGCGACCGCAACCCGAUCGUGCCGCAGGACAACACCAUCAUCGUGCAGGUGGACUGCGGCGUGCUGACCGGGCGUCAGGCGCUCGGCUUCCUGGACGUGCGGCGCGCCGGUGAGCCGCUGGCGCCGCUGAUCGCCGCCGCCGCCACCGCGCUGCUCGGCCUGCUGGCCGCCACCGGCGCCGCGCUCCUCUGCCGGCAGCGGCAGAAGAAGUCGCGCGGACGCGUCAGCAAGCACUCGUAGGCCAGCCGGGGGGCCGUGUGGCCGCCGGGACACUGCGGCGCCCGCAGGGCUUCGGCAUCGCACGUUGUGCCGUCGUGCUAGCGGGCGGACCACGUCAAGCCAAAUGACCGCGCGGCUGGUGGAGCGAGAGCGGCGCGGUUUGCGAGGCGGACGCCAGGGGCUCGCCACGAACUCAGUUACCAGGGAGGUCGCAGCGGUGUCCAGCCACCGGAACGUGACUCAGCUGGGGGAGGCGGCUGGCAACGGCUGGGGCUCUCCAAAGGAGACGGCGACGGGCCACGUUAAGCGGAGCCCGGCCAUGUACUGUGCGUCGAACUGCUGGGAACCGAGGACGCCACGAGCGCAGCCACGAGCCGCGCCGUUCAGAGCCACAACGUGCGUACGUCAGAUGUGUAUUUUUGUACAUUACGUUGUUUUACGUAGUUGCUCUGAUAUUGUGACUAACGAAGACGGUGAACACCGCGCGGCAAUGUCGCUGUUAUGCGAGCGGACGACAGCGUAGCCAAAUGUUCGGAAUAACAGACGCUCCGUCGCGGCUGUUUAAGACGACCGGCGGCACUCGUCACUGCCGGGUAAUGCUCAGGCUCGGGCACAGCGCAGCGCGUGGCGUAGAUCGCGCCGUGAAAUAAACUCCCAUAGAAAUAAAUGACGACCGCGGACAUCUCAGA